UAUCAAUCAUAAAACUCACUCAUAAAAAUUAAUAAAAGAUUCAUUUUAAAAAAUCUUAAUAUUUACAAACUUUAAACACUCUUUAAAAAGCAAAUGUAUAAAACAGAAGUUAAUUUGCUUAAUAAAAUAUGCAAAACAGAUUAUUUUAGUAAAUUAAAUACUAAACUUGACAAUCUGGUUGAUUAUAAUAUCAUUUUUAAUGAAUACUGCGAUUUUUUAAUGAUUGAGAAAUACUCCCUACUUUUAAAUGAGCCUAGAAUAAAUUAAUUUAAAUAUAAUCAAUUUUAUUAUGAUGAAGUGAAUCUCAGACAGCAGCUAUUUUCCUAAUUUUAACUAAGUCGAAUUAACCAAACAAUAAAGAUUUCUAAUAUACUUGUUCAACCAUAUAGUAACAAGGGAACUUAUCAAUUAGUAAAAGACUUAGACUCUGAAUUAGAAGCAUAGGCUUAUUUUUUAGAUAAUACAGAAUAUUCUUUUUUAGAUGUGAUAGUCUUUUCUUCUUUACAAAAAUGUAGAAUAUGGCCAAAGCUCUACAAAGAUGGGAAGAAGUCAAAAAAGGAAUUACCUUAGCUUAUUGAUUGGUAUAAAGUAUUUAUGAAUACAUACAAACAUGAAAUUGAAUACUAAUUUGAUCCCAAUAUUGUGACAAGUAAAUACUAAAAAAGACUAGAAAUAUAAAAGAAAGAAAAAAGAUUAGAUAAAAAAUUAAUUGAAGCUGUUUAAAGUAAAUAAUAUGAUUUAAUCCGGAGUCUCAUAGAAGAAGGCUCAGAUAUAGAAAGCAUAGAGUAGUAGAUGUACAAAAAACCAGCUCAUAUAGCAUGUGAACUAGGAGAUAUAGAGCUUUGUAGGUUUAUAGACUAGUUUGGGUGUGAUUGGGAAUCAUUAGAUAAUGAAGAAUAGACUCCUAUAUUCUAUGCAGUUACGAGUGGAAAUUUAGAAGUUGUAAAAUUUCUCAUUGAAGAAAAAAAUGUCAAUCAUUAACAUAAAGAAUUUUAAGAUAGGACUCCAUUUUAUUUGGCUUGUUUCUUAGGAAAUAUGCCUAUUAUUGAAUAUUUAUAUGAAAAAGGUGUGAAUAUUAAUGAGCCAUCAAAGCUCAAGCGCUGUGCACUAAGCAAGGCUUGCUAUUUAGGGCAUGUAGAAGUAGUAAAAUUCCUCGUAUCGAAGCCUGAAACUGAUAUUACUAUGUAAGAUUCUAAAGGUAGAACGGGGAUGCAUAAUGCAGCAUGGGGAAUUGAAGGUGGGAAAGAAGGAAAGAGGAGGGGAACUUUGAAACUCCCAGACUCUCCUUAAUCUAUAGAAAUACUUCAUGAUUAUGGUCAUCCUAUUGAUUUUUAAGAUUUUGAAGGAAACACUCCUUUACUUAGUGCAGCAUCCAGCGAUGCAAGGGAAUCCUUAAGAGUACUAAUAAAUAGAGGCGCAAAUAGAAAUAUUAGGAAUUUUUAUGGAGAAACUCCAGUCUUUUUAGCAGCUAAAUAUGGUCAUACUGAGAUCUUAAAAACCUUAAUUAAUGAAUAUAAAUGUGAUUGGGAAAUGAGAGAUAUUAGAAACACUACUCCUUGCGAAAUAGCUGCUAUAAACUAGAAAUAUGAAUGUUUUGAUAUACUUUUAAAUUUAGAAAUUCAAAACAAUACAGUUAAUGUUGAGAGUUUCAUAAAAAAAAUCAAUGAUGACUACAUCACUCAUGAAGAAUAACUUAAAAUAUUUGAAUUGUACAAUAGUAAAGUAGAUAUUAAGAAUCGUAUUUAAGAUAUAGAAAGUGUAAUCUCUUUUUUGACUAAUUGUACUAAUCCAUAAUUAAUGCUUAGAAUUUAAGAAAUAAUAUUAGAUAGAUUAAAUCCUUCUCACAUUAAACAAUUUUUCAUUAACUUAGCUGAUAAUGGCAAGUAUGAUACAGCAUUUUAAAUCUUAGAGACAUUUGAAUUAAAAUAUAAAGCUUCAGAUAAUCAAAUUUAGGGAAUUCUGUUUGAUCCAUAAGAAAUUUAUAAUUUUAUUAUUAAGGGAGUUAGUGCCACUGAUGAAACAAUAAGUAAACUUCUAUUUAAGGUUAAUAGUGAUUGGAUCAAUUACACAGAUGAUUCAACUAAAAAUAACUUUUUACAUAUAUUAUGUGAAUAGAGGAGAAUGAAAAUAAUAGUAGAUUUAAUUACCAUAAUCAAAGAAAAGAGCAUUAAUCCUGCUUACUCUUUUACAUCUAACAUAUAUUUGCUAAAUAAUAAUUAGUUUUACACAUAGGAUUUUGUUAGAAAAUACUUAAAUGCAGUCAACUCUUAAAACUUAAAUUCGUUAGAUAUAUGUUUACUUUCAAAAGCAAACGACAUUCAUUUGAUCAUAGAUAAUUUUAUUAGGAGCUUUCUUCAUGAAGAACCUUCUUAUCAUUAUGUUAUACCAAGUUAUGACUUUGAAAUGAUUUCCCAAAGAGACACAGAUGUAAAAUAAAUUAUUACACUUGAAGCCAAUAUAUUUUUGUCUCAAACAAUUCACUUAUUUAUAUUUUAUUUUAAAAUAAAUUAGCAUGCUUUAAUCGGUGAAUUAGAAGAAGAAGCGAAAAAGCUCUAAGAACAAAUCAAAUAAAAAAGUGGAGAUCUUUAGCAUUUGAAUUGUUAUUCUUUCUUAGACGACUUAAGUGUAAUUGAUUAGUAAAAAGUGACAGUUGAGGACAAUUCAGAAUAAAACCAGAACAUUGAAAAAUUAUAUCCAAAUAGAAAGUUGUAUUUUAUAAAUUAGAUUGAUUCAGAUGAAUCAAGAAUUCUUAAGGAAGAAAUCGAAAAAAACAGUAUUUUUGGUAUUGACCUUGAGUAUUACUCUGAAAAUAAAGAUAAAAAUCUAGGAUUUGUAUGUACUAUUCAGAUAUCUACAGUUAAUAUGGAUUUUAUGAUAGAUGCUAUGGCAUUAAGAAAUUAGAUAAAUUAAUUACUAAAUAAAUCUCUCUUUUUAAAUAAAACAAAAAUUAAAAUUUUGCAUGGCUGCGAAAACGAUAUCAAGUGGCUUAAAAACGACUUCGAUAUUGAUAUAGUUAAUCUAUUUGAUACAAUGUUUGCAGAAAUGAUUAUUAAAAACAAGCAGCAAUCUUACUCUCUCAAAAAUUUAUCUUAAGACUAUCUAGGUGUAGAACUAGAUAAAUCAUAUUAAAUUUCAGAUUGGAGAAUUAGACCUCUUCCAACUCCAAUGAUGAAUUAUGCAAGAGUCGAUUCUUUUAUUCUGUUGAGACUAUUCCCCAUCAUGAAAUAAAUGCUAACAUCCAAAAAUUUGUUAAAUCAAAUGUUCCUAAAGUGCCUUCUUUUCAUAAUUCGUUAAAGCAAUUCCAAAAAAACACAACAAUUAUAAUAAUGCUAGUAAAAUAAUAAUAAGUGAAAUAUAUUUAAUCUAUUAACAAAUAUUUAAAACAUUUUUAUUCUUAAUAAAUUGAAUGUACUAUAAUAAUUAACAAUACAU